AUGGUCACGGCGGACCGGCGGAAGGUGCACCGCCAGAUCGUCUGCUGGCAGACGUUUCGGUUGGUCAAGAACGAGUCGUCGCCGGGUUUAGAAGGCGACGUCGCGUUCCACGCGCUCUGCAGCGACCAGCCGCUCCUCGCGUUCCACUUUUGCGUCCUCGCGUUCGGCGACGCCGUCCGCGACGGCCGCGUGGACGUCGCGCUGGGCUUCUGCGACGACUGCGCGCUGAUCUCGGAGAACCACGCGCUGCCGGCGGCGCUCUGCGCCUUCGCGCAGAUCGGGCUCAUGCGCGCGGCCGCGCGCGUCGCGGCGGGGGACUACGGCGGCGCAUUGGACGCCUUGGACGCGGUCGUCGAGGCGUCGGACUACGCGCCGCCGGCCUGCGCCUGGACGUGCUUCGCGCCGGCGUCGCCGGCCGUGCGGCGCCGGCGGCGCCACGGCGAUCUGGCCAGGGGCGCGCGCGCGCGGCCUGUCGCGCUGCCGUCCGGCGGCGCCGCGGCGGGCCCGCGCGACGACGCGGCGCUCGAGGCCUUCACGGCCGAGGCGUCGCGGGGGCCGGGCCUGAGCGCGCGGCGCCUGGGCCGCGCCGCCGACGCCCUGCGCCGGUCCCUGGAGCGGGCCAUCGCGCGCGCGGACCGCGACCGCGCGGGGCUGCGGCGCGCGUUCGCGCCGCUC